CUGACACGAAGGCGCUGCAGUCCAUCCGUUGUGAGGUUAGUGACGAAAUGUCCUCAACCUCCUCGGAGAUUUCAUCAGAGUACAGGUGAAGAACAACUGCGAAUGCUAUCAAAUCAAGAAGUUGAACACGUGGAUUACUGACUUAGAUGUUUAGAUCAGUUAAAUCUUUUUGUCAGAAUAAAUUUUCUUAAGUUACAUUGGUUAAGGAAGUCCCCUUUUGAGACGAAGUAUGAGGGAAAUUGUGACUAUUCAAGUUGGAGGUUUUGCUAAUUUCAUUGGCUCUCAUUUCUGGAACUUUCAGGAUGAGUUGCUUGGGUUGGCUGGGGAUCCCAAUGGUGAUCCAAUUUUCAAGAAUCAACAUUUAGAUAUGGAUGUGCUCUACCGUACUGGUGAAACACUACAGGGCAUUGCCACAUAUACCCCUCGCUUGGUUUCAGUUAAUUUUCAAGGAUCCCUUGGAUCUAUGAGUUCACAUGGUACAUUGUACGAUCACAAUCCACCUGUACCGUCACAUGUCGUCACAUGGCCUGGAAAUGUUUCCACUCAUUUAUCUGAACCUCAUAAGAAGAACUUGUUCUUGCAAAGCUUGUAUGAGGAAGAGCAAGAGAAUUUGGCUCCAAUGGAUGGUAUCAACAGUGGGAAGAAUGAUUGUGAGAGUGAAAUUCAGGAUAAGGAUAUAGUUGAAAGUCUAGAAAAUGGUGUUCAAUUUUGGACGGAUUUCUCAAAAGUUCAUUACCAUCCCCAAAGUUUAUAUGAAUUAAAUGGAUUGUGGAUGGAUGCUCAAGACUUCAACAACUAUGGAAUUGGAAUGGAUGUGUUCUCUGAAGGUCUGCGAGGAGAAGAAAUGAAUGAGAGGCUUCGAUUUUUUGUGGAAGAGUGUGACCAUAUUCAGGGCAUUCAAUUUGUUGUUGAUGAUUCUGGAGGUUUUUCCAGUGUUGCGGCUGAUUUCCUGGAGAAUAUUGCAGACGAAUAUACAAACACCCCGAUAUUGCUGUAUACAGUCCGGGGCCCUGAAUCCUACAUGAAUCGCAGAAGUCGUAGGCAGACAAUGGCCUGUGAUCUUCAUGAUGCAAUUUCAUUCUCAAGAUUAUCAUCCUUUUGUAAAUUAAUUGUACCAAUUGGCUUACCCUUACUGGGUAGAAGUAAAGUCUCUUCAUAUCUAUGCCUAGAGGAUGAAAAGCCUUACCACUGUAGCGCAGUUUAUGCUGCUGCCCUUCACUCUAUCAGCCUCCCCUUUCGAAUGGAAACACUUGGGCCUGCUACAGAUUCAUGCUAUGUUUCUGGUGCUGUGGAUGUCUAUGGGCUCAUACAAAUGUUAGCAGGCCAGGCUAGGCAGAAUAUUGUAGCUACUUUGGAUGCUGCGAUGCCGGCACCUUCUUUAACUGGGAAACAGGUUGAACAGUCUUUGCUAGGGAGUUUGCAUCCAUUUACACCAGAGAUAGCAGAGGAUGUGGAAGACCUCCAGGAAGUGGAAUCUUUGACUAUUCAUGGAGCCUUUGGGUCAGGUGGUUAUAGGGCCUCAGUUUCUGAGGUGGAGGAUACAGUUCAUGCUGCUUAUGAAAAUGCAACGACAAAACCAUUAUUCUCUCAUCUAUCUGUGGCUCAUUGUCCCCUUCCAAUUCCCUUGCCUUUCCCUUCAAUCUUUGGAAACCUUGUUGGCCAACAUGGUGAACUCUUAGGCAGCCCAGUGAUGGGUGGCCGCCCUUCAAGGGGAUCUCUUGAUGUCCAUUCCAUCCCUAUGGCAGCAAGACUACGUUCUACCAGUGCUAUCUUGCCAUUCUUGGAGAAUAGACUGGGAAAUCUUCGGAGGUUUGGUAUUGCACGUGGAGCUUCUGGGACUGAAUUACUUAGAAGUUGGGGAUUUGCAAAGGAUGAAUUAGAAGACACCGCAGAGAGGCUGUCUAAGAUGAUUAUGACAUUGGAUCCACAUUCUCAAUCAUCUUCUGAUUCAGAUUAAGUUUCAGGUGAGUAGACAGCCAUUUGAGUUUCAAUUGUAUUUUUUUUUAAAAGACAAUAGAAAAAACUUUUAGAAUAUACUAUUUAUUCUGGUUUGUAAUUCAACGUUAGCUGGAUCAGAGUUGAAACUCCCACUACCUUAUUAUUGAACAUAAUCCAUUUGCAGCAAAGUUGUUUGAAGUUUCUUCAUGAUGCAGAUAAUGCUUCUCUUGCUCAGACAGACAUAAUUUGGUUUCUUCGUACCAUCAGGAUCCACAAAUGAGCAGUCUCUCCAGUUUGAUGGUUGUAUUUUAAAAAGUUCUGCCAAUAGAAAUUUUGCAUAUCACCUUGUUUAUCAAGCAGUGGCUACAGAAAGGUGCUGUAUCUUAUUCUCUGCCUGCAUUUGAAAAUAAAACAUCAACUGCAUUCAGGGAAUUGCUGGUGUUUUGUUUAGUGAAAAUCUCUUCCGUAUAUUUCUGCUAUCCAUCUAUGAUCAAGUUGUGAAAUCUUUACUCCUUUAUUGGUGAACCAGUAUCCUUGUGUGAGAGAUUUUGCAUGAGAUGAAAAUGGAAGCAAUACUAUUCUGAUCUGAGGAAAUAUUGGGCAUUUUAAUUCUACAAGUAAAAUGCUACAAGUUCUUGCGAGGGGUAUUAUUGGACAGGACGGAGAGAGUCAUUUAAGAAAGCAUGUCCUUUUAUACUAUUUGGUUCAUGAACUGUAUUUAUUGCACACUAAACGACCAAAAGACAGCAUCCUAACUUUCUGGUUUAUCUACCGUCUGUUUUGUUGGA